AUGAACUCGGCAGACUUUGAAAUUGUGCGCGCGAUUCUGCUGAAAGAUGGCUACAUGCCAGUCCCGAUGGCCGAUGUUACAGACACUGUGCUGAUCAACACGUGCGCCGUGCGCGACAAUGCUGAAUUUAAAAUCUGGAACAAACUCGAGUCGCUGCGCAGAACGAAGUCUGAGCUCCUGCGCUAA